GCCGGGGGCGGUUUGAGCGGCAGCGCCCGGCGCGGCGGCGGCUCUGCGGGACCCGCACGAUGCUGCCUCUAUCGCUGCUGAAGACGGCGCAGAACCACCCCAUGCUGGUGGAGCUGAAGAACGGGGAGACCUACAACGGGCACCUGGUGAGCUGCGACAACUGGAUGAACAUCAACCUGCGCGAGGUCAUCUGCACGUCACGGGAUGGAGACAAGUUCUGGAGGAUGCCGGAGUGCUACAUCCGCGGCAGCACCAUCAAAUACCUGCGGAUCCCCGACGAGAUCAUUGACAUGGUGAAGGAGGAGGUGGUGUCCAAGGGCAGAGGCCGGGGCGGGAUGCAGCAGCAGAAGCAACAGAAGGGCCGCGGGGUUGGAGGAGCCGGCCGAGGUGUGUUUGGUGGCCGUGGCAGAGGAAUUCCAGGCAGUGGAAGAGGCCAGCAGGAAAAAAAGCCAGGCAGACAAUCAGCCAAGCAGUGAAAUGUCUGCACCCAGGCCAGGGACAGUUUGGGUUUUGUCACCUCAGGAUUUGCCACGUGUUCAAAAAACGUUCCCUCUCCCACUCUCCUGUGAGUCAGUCAGAGCCCAGAUCACGUUCAUUUGGAAGCCCCUCCUGAUUUAAUCUGAUCAAGUGGAGUUUUCACUCCUUGUAAGUCAGUAAGUCUUUAGAAAUAUUUCUUAAAAAAAAAAAAAAAAUCAUUCAUGGUUAAGGACUGAAGUUCUGAAUUUUUCAGGGUUGCCAGGUUUAAUUUAAAAUAUUAUCCUGUUCAGAGGUACCAGAAUGGAGGCAAACAGACACUUUCUGGGUUGUUUGGAAUUUUUGUGUGUGUUUUUUUUUUAAUACUUGAAACUUGGGAAACGUGUUUGUAAGAGAUGUGUGAGAACACUGAACAUGAGGAUAUUGUGUCUGUACACGAGAGGUCUUAAAGGUUUGGGGUUUUCUAAAGCCACCAAACCUUUAAACUAUUGCUUUUCUUUUCCUGGCCAGUCAGUUCUGUCCCUCCUAUGGCUUAAAGGAGAACUUGGGGUGAACAUUGGCCUUCAAGGGUUGUUCCCAAGAGAGCUUUGUGAUAAAUGAGCGUUUCCCAAUUAGGUUCAUUGCUAACUUGACUUGAGAUUAGAAGUUUCCUUGAAAGGAACAGGUUUUCUGUGUUGGUUUUUUUUUAUUAUUUGCAUGAGGCUGGUGCUCCCCUCGCUCCUCAUGGGUGAUUUUUUUUUUUUUUUUUAAUUUUCUGAAAAGCAACCGAGUUGAUUUACGUGGAUUGAUUUCCCUCCCGCUUCGAAAACUCCCCCCUCCCCUUUUUGCUGUGACGCCAAGUCCUGAACUCUGACAAUAUUUCUCAACCUGAUUUCUUCCAGUACCUGACCUGAACUGGGUGUACCUGGCACUUCCUUUCCCAGUCACCAAUUAUCUUCCCUUGGGGACACAGAGCAGCGUGUCCCUCCUGUAGGCUCAGAAAGCUCCUGGGAAUUCCCAGGUCGGGUUGCUCCAGUCUUCCAUCCCAUCAGCAAAAUACCCUGGCUGCUGAUAGUAAUUGAACAUCUGCACAAGGGGAGGAAACAGCUCUGGGUGAGCCUCAACCCCCCUGAAGGGAUGAAAUGGGUGAAUUUUAGGGGGAAAACCCGUGUUGUGGCUGGUUUUGAGCAGGUUUUGGUUUGGUUUUGGUACAACUGGUUCUCUGUAUUGAAGCCUAUUCUCUGCCAUCACCACUGUCUUGAAAAGGAGUGAAGAACAUGAGUUUUAUAGAGUUAUUUUUUUAAUGUUUAUAGAACUGGGUGCAGUGGUGAGUGGGAAUAAAUCUCCAGCCUCUA